CGCAACCUUCACUUCCUCCUCCUGCACCACCUCUGCUCCUCCUCCUCUCCCCUUCCCCCUUCUUCCUCCUCCCCCCACUUCCUUCCUAGAACUCGCUCCAUCUCAUCAACCAAUCAUCACAAAUCAAUCAGUCGGUCACAGACAAACACACAUCCACAUCAAACCAGCCGCUCAUCUCGUCUUUAGCCAUGGCGUCGUCUUCUUCCUCCCCGUCGUGCCGCGCCGGCGGCGCCGGCGGGAAGCCGGACGUGGACCGGAUCAAGGGUCCCUGGAGCCCCGAGGAAGACGAGGCCCUGCAGCGGCUCGUGGCGCGCCACGGCGCGCGCAACUGGUCCCUCAUCAGCCGCUCCAUCCCGGGCCGGUCGGGCAAGUCCUGCCGCCUGCGGUGGUGCAACCAGCUCUCGCCGCAGGUGGAGCACCGCCCCUUCACGCCCGACGAGGACGACACCAUCCUCCGCGCGCACGCGCGGUUCGGGAACAAGUGGGCAACCAUCGCGCGCCUCCUCUCCGGACGCACCGACAACGCCAUCAAGAACCACUGGAACUCCACGCUCAAGAGGAAGUAUACGCCGCCGCUGGUUCCGGUUGCGGUGCUGCCCGGCCCUGCUGCUGCGGCUGACGCGGACGACGAGCGGCCGCUCAAGCGGACAAGCAGCGACGGCCACCCGGGGCUCUGCUUCAGCCCCGGCAGCCCCUCCGGGUCCGACCUCAGCGACUCCAGCCACCACAGCCUCCCCUCCGUCAUGCCGUCGGCGGCUCCGGCCGUGACGUCGCAGCAGCAGCAGCACGUGUACCGCCCCGUGCCCCGCGCAGGCGGUGUGGUCGUGCUCCCGCCGCCGCUGGCGCCGCGACCGCCCUCUCCGCCGCCGCAGGCUCCUCCUCCUCCGGCGACCUCCCUGUCGCUGUCCCUGUCCCUGCCCGGGCUGGAUCAGCAGGCCGAUCCGUCCCCGUCCCCACCUCCUGUACAGAUGCAGCAGCAGCAGCCGGCUCCUUCUCAGAUGCCGCCGCCGCCCCCGCCCCCGCCAACCCAACCGAGCUUGCCGUUCCAGCUGGAGCCGCCGGCGAUGAACCUCGCAUCGCCGCGGCCGCCGCCGCCGCCACAGUCCCCGGCGCCGUUCAGCGCGGAGUUCCUGUCGAUGAUGCAGGAGAUGAUCCGGAUCGAGGUCCGCAACUACAUGUCCGGGUCGGGCCUGGACCCGCGCGCCGACGCCGGCGCCGCCGUGCACGCCGUCAGCAAGCGCAUGAUGGGCAUGGCCAAGAUCGAGUAGAAGCAGUCGAAGAAGAUAACGAUGAAUCGGCGAAUCGAUCGAUCCGCAUCAAGAACCAGCAUGUGCAACGACGGCAUGGCAAAGCAAUCUCGCUGCCUUCAAACAAACAGAGGCCGUGCGGCGUCGGCAAGUGAAGAGAAGAGGGAGCUCCACCGGCUUCAUUCCAAAGCUAUCGUUUAAACAAACAAACAAGGAUCCUUCCUUCCAAACCCCCCUGUCUAGUUCCCUUAAUCUAGCCAUUUCUUUUCUAAAUUUUUUCCCCCUUUUGUUCAGUUCUAUCCAGUCUAGCUCUUACGUAAGUCUCCAAGCGAGCAGAGCAGCGCGCAGAGACGAAGAAAACUUCGUCUCGUCGUCUGGUUGGCAGUUUGGAGGUAGAGGCACAGCACCCCCUGAAAUAAGCUGCAGAGCACGGAUCCUCCCUCCCUCCCUUGCUGCUGGUGGUAACCAGUACCAUACCAGCCGGAGUAGUAGUCAUCAAGCAUGUUCUUUUUGUACAGAGACAAAAAAAGAGAGAGAGAAAGAAAUGAAAAAAGAUGAAUCUGAGAAGAAGAGGCCUCUCAAGUUCCAUGGAUCACACAUUGUGCUCUUGCAAACUCUGUAUACGUGUAUGAUGACUUUGUUUUCAGUUGGUUACAACCUUGUUUGUUUGUCGGUACAGAGCAGAACCGCCGUGCAGGGUACACUAGCAUGGUCUACUAGGGCUAGUUAGAUGGAGAUAUUUGUUUGCGCUCGGGUUGUUUUGUUUUGGAGGACCGGAGAAGAGAAUAUGGCGUGGGCAAAGGCAACAGGGCGAGGACGACGAAAGCGGAAUUGUACAUGGCCAUGAUGGCUGCCAGCCGGCCGUUGGCAGAGUCUGCUGCGGAGACAGAGUGAGUGAGAGCGGAGUGGGGGAUGACCGAGCGACAGCUAACCGCCUGCCUGGCUGUCCACCGCUCCCCUCUUCCCGGCCUCCCAACCUCAUCGUUGGGUCCUUGGAUGAAUGAGCCGGUCAGUACUUGCGUUCGAAGGCAUGGUUAAUAGAUAUAGAUUAAUAUUUCCGUUGUUGGGAGACAUGAUUAAUGGAUAAUUUCUGUUGGGAGACACGAUUAAUGGAUAUAGGAUUAAAGUUCAUAAAAUA